CAAGGUAGGCAGCCCGUUUGCUUGCCCCUUUUGUCUUUGCAGGGACCUAGGUGGUCAUGCAAGGUAAGUAGCAGCCCCCAGAGCACAGGAGGCAGUCUCAGGAGCCAGUGGGAAGGAAGUCCCCAUGCGCAUGAUGCCGCUUGAGCCCAGCUGCUGGGCUCUGCGAGCAGUUAGGAGUGGGAGCCGCAGCCGGGACCGAAGAGGUUAACGUGCAUCUGCCUCCGAAUGUUAAUGUGUCUAGGUGAUGUCAGUAGGAGCCGGGAAGGAGGGAGUGGGGCGAGCAGUUGGGCUGGGAGGCAGCUGAGGCUGCCAGGCGGUGGAGGAAGACCCCCUUUCCAGACUGCGGGGCUCACAUUCCUGGACCUAGUGGCUGAGGCUGCGGCAGCCUGCGUGGGUGGACGGGAGCUCAACUCCGGGGAACAGGCGACCCGCACCGGCUGGAUGGAUCUGCAAACCUCCCUGCUGCUCACUGGCCCCAACGCCAGCAACACCUCUGAUGGCCAGGAUAACCUCACGGUGGCCGGGUCACCUCCUCGCACUGGGAGCGUCUCCUAUAUCAACAUCAUCAUGCCUUCGGUGUUUGGAACCAUCUGCCUCCUGGGCAUUGUGGGAAACUCCAUGGUCAUCUUCGUGGUGGUGAAGAAGUCCAAACUACACUGGUGCAGCAACGUCCCUGACAUCUUCAUCAUCAACCUUUCUGUGGUGGACCUGCUCUUUCUCUUGGGCAUGCCUUUCAUGAUCCACCAGCUCAUGGGCAAUGGGGUCUGGCAUUUUGGGGAGACCAUGUGUACCCUCAUUACAGCCAUGGAUGCCAACAGUCAGUUCACCAGCACCUACAUUCUGACUGCCAUGGCCAUCGACCGCUACCUGGCCACCGUCCACCCUAUCUCUUCCACAAAGUUCCGGAAGCCCUCUGUGGCCACCCUGGUGAUCUGCCUACUGUGGGCUCUUUCAUUCAUCAGCAUCACCCCCGUGUGGCUCUAUGCCAGGCUCAUCCCCUUCCCAGGGGGUGCAGUGGGCUGUGGCAUCCGCCUGCCCAACCCAGACACUGACCUCUAUUGGUUCACUCUGUACCAGUUUUUUCUGGCCUUUGCCCUGCCCUUUGUGGUCAUCACCGCUGCUUAUGUGAGAAUCCUGCAGCGUAUGACAUCUUCGGUGGCCCCUGCCUCUCAACGCAGCAUCCGGCUGCGGACAAAGAGGGUGACCCGCACAGCCAUCGCCAUCUGCCUUGUCUUCUUUGUGUGCUGGGCACCCUACUACGUGCUGCAGCUGACCCAGCUGUCCAUCAGCCGCCCGACCCUCACAUUUGUCUAUCUAUACAAUGCAGCCAUCAGCUUGGGCUAUGCCAACAGCUGCCUCAACCCCUUUGUGUACAUAGUGCUCUGCGAGACCUUCCGCAAACGCUUGGUCUUGUCGGUGAAGCCUGCCGCCCAGGGGCAGCUCCGGGCAGUCAGCAAUGCCCAGACGGCUGAUGAGGAGAGGACAGAAAGCAAAGGCACCUGACACUUCCCCUCUGCCCCCAAGUCAGGUCACUACAUCAAACCAAGGAGAGAGAUGCUGAGACAAACCCAAGGCUACCUUGGGGGAAUGCAGGGAGGCUGGAGGGUGAAGGCUUGUUACAAUUAUAUUCCAUGGGGCCCACAGUUUGCUGGGGAGGCUUGGAGCCAGGAUCGGGGAGCUUCAGACUUCAGAAAUCCCCUUGGUAGGAUAAAAACUGAAUGAGAAGAAAAUGUUGGUUUGACCAUUCUACUGAGGGCUAUAUCUGUUAUUGCCCUUACGUCUUUUUCCCAAGGGGAGAAGUGAUUGGAGGAGGGGCUAGGAGAUGGCCAGCUGGGGCCAUAUUGCCAGGUUGCAUGGCCCAAGCACUCUCCCCCAUCUCUCAUUGGUUUGAUAGAAGGCACUCUUUCUCUCAAGCUAGUGGAUGAUGAAAAAAACCACGCUGUCUCCGUUCCAGCAGUCUGUGAUUUCCCUUUAUUGCUAAGGGAUGCAUGUUUACAUCGGGGGGUGGGGCCAUGAGCCCACAGGAGUUUAAAAAAGAAAGCCCAAUUUUUCUGAAGAUCCGAUACCUGAGAUUAACAAGGCACCACAGCAAGUGGGGGGGUGCACUUGAAACUAAUAGAAAACGGGGCAGGGGACUUCUGCAGCUACAAGAACAUUCUCUUCUCACGGUCCUUGGUGGAUCCAGAGUGAGCACCUAUGUAUUCUGCCUGUGCUGGGGGGGUCAUUCUAGGGCCUUAUGUGUUGGCAUCAUCUUUCUGCUUGAGCCUCUCUAAAAUAAAAACAAAAUAAAAGAAAACCUCCACCCACA